AUGAGUGAUUCCGCUAUCCAUGCUGUCGCUGGUGCUGCUGGAGGCAUCGUGGCGAUGACGGCCACUUACCCUCUCAUCUUUCUUUCUACUCGAGCAGCGGUAGAAACCAAGAAGGAGCAAAAGUCGACGUACCAAGCAAUUAUCGACAUCAUCAAACGUGAAGGAGUUCUGGGCCUCUAUAGUGGGUUGGACUCAAGCUUAUUGGGUAUCGCUGUUACAAAUGGCGUUUAUUACUACUUCUAUGAGCGCUCGAGGGAGGCUAUACUUCGCACGAGAACAGGAGGUAGCAAGGCACUCAGUACCCUGGAGUCCAUGUUGACUGGGCUAAUUGCUGGUUCUGCUACAACCAUAAUCAGCAACCCUAUAUGGGUCAUCCAAACAUCCCAAGCUGUCCGCACAAUGGGGUCGGACGGAAACACAACCGUUACGAAGAAACUUGGAUUUUUAGAGACUGUUCAGAGCAUCUUGGCGAAAGAUGGAAUUGGUGCCCUGUGGCGAGGGAUAGGACCCGCUCUGGUCCUUGUCAUCAACCCGAUCAUUCAAUAUACGGCAUUUGAACAGCUGAAGAACUUCUUGAUAACAAGACGUACAGCCAAGCUUCGUGCCGCAGCUGGAGCAGCGACGGCUGUUGCGGUUUUAACUGAUAUGGACUUCUUUGUCCUGGGCGCGCUCUCAAAACUAGUUGCCACAAGCAUUACCUAUCCAUACAUUGUUGUAAAGAGCCGUUUGCAGGCAGGAUCCGCCAAUGCGUUGAGAUACAAAUCCUCCAUUGACGGAUUGCUGACCAUUUUGAAGGAGGAAGGAAUCGAGGGCCUGUACAAGGGCAUUGGAAGCAAAAUUGUGCAGAGUGUUCUCACGGCGGCCAUCCUCUUUGCAGGUCAACGGAGAAUCUUUGAGAUAACCAAAGCGUCCCUGCAACCUCUUAUUAAAGCAUAA